AUGAUCGUGGCUAGCAUCCGUCGAAUCUUCUCUCUGUUUAGAACCGAAGAGGAGGAGAAAUCUUACUCACGCAGUGCGUUCUUCAAUUUACUUGGAUUCCUAGGAAGCUGUGUCUUCUUCUCCUUUGUGGCACAGAAGCUUUCAAAACAGCCGCAUCAAAUAAUGUGA